AUGACUCCUGCACUUCCACACCCAGACCAGGAUGCCCUGAUGGAGGAAUCUCCUUCUGAACAUGAUGUUACUCCUCCUAAAUCCGUGAAGAUCAUAGACGCUGACGAGAAUUUUUUGUUUGAUGAUUCGAACGCCCUGGCCCGGGCCCUUGGUUGUCCACCAGAGAUAAAGCUUAAAACUCUAGCUAUUGUGGGCAACACUGGGGAUGGAAAAUCACAUACUUUGAAUCGCGCAUUUUGCCUCGAAGGUGCUGGUGAUGGUACGGAUGAUGUUUUCUUCACCUCCUCAUCUCAAUGCAAUUGCACACUUGGCGUUUGGGCUGCUUUCGAACCACAACGCGGUUACCUACUUCUCGAUACUGAAGGCAGGUGCCUUUUGGGUGCCUCCGUGAACCCUAACCGUCAGCGUCGGCUGUUACUGAAAGUGUUUGCGGUGGCUGACGUAGUGGUGUACCGGUCCAUGUCUGAUCGAUUGCAUACGGACAUGUUCACCUUCUUGGCGGAUGCUUCAGAUGCCUUCGUCCGUCACUUUCAGCCUCACCUGGAAUCACUAGCACACCAACACGAUCUUCCCUGGUCCGCUCGCCAACUUGGACCUGCGGUUCUCAUCUUCCAGGAAACCCGGCAUACUCUUCCCCUCGUUGACGAUGGAGGAACUGCAUUUUUGAAGGAAAGAUUCGCUAACAUCCACCGUAAUGUGGACGCCUUUUCCACUCUUCGCUACGUUGGAAUUCAAACCACGUCAGGAUCUACAGAUUUCGCCCCGUUUGUACGUGUUGCGGAGGAGUUGAUGUCAGAGACGUCGGUACGAACGCCGCGUCGACUAGAGCACAUCUUCCGAGCGCUCUUGGGUCUGAGUCAGCACUUUGCCAAUGACCUUCCAGACGCAGCGGCUACAGCAGCGACUUCAUUGACCUUUGUAGAAGAAUACUUCACAUGUCCGGCCCGCUGUACCGUGUGUCACGCGCGUUGUGAAUUGGGUGUGAACCACACCGGUACACCGCAUCAGUCGCGCACUCGCGACUUGGGAGACGGAUGCGAGUACUCUCCCUUACUGCAGAAUAAAAUCUACUACUGCAAGCGAUGCUACGCGAUGGGUCGCACCAUAGUUCUUGUUCCUAAGACGCUGGAGGAAAGGGAAAACGCCGUUACGGGAGUGAUGAAGUAUCUGUGGUGGGGCUAUGUACUGAGCUGUCCACACCAUGGUGUAGUGUAUCGCAGUCGUGCCCACUGGUCCGGCAAUCCCCCACCUGAGGACUCACCUCUGGUUCAUUGGCAGGUUGUUCACCUCUGGCCAGGCGAAACCUCUCUUCUGCAGGGCGCGCACCCGUUCGGUCAACUUGUAGUGGACGGGCUUACCAGCGUGAGCGAGCAGGUAUCUCAAUUCACCGGCCCACCGACACGCCUCUUGGGCGAUUUCAUUGCAGACACUGUGGCUCCCGCUUACUGGCAGCCCAAUUCGCAGAUCACGAACUGCACUUGUUGUGGGUUCCUUUUCCCCACAUCUGCUGGUUCCGACACUUCUUCCUAUGUCAGUUGCGCUGCAACCACUAUUGCCGCCAAAGUAUCCCCUACAGACGACGCAGAGAAGCAUCAUUGUAGAUCGUGUGGUCGCGGCGUAUGCGACAGCUGUUCCAAACAGCGCAUCUCCGUCCCCGAUCGCGGGUAUGUAGAAGUGGCUGUGCGGGUUUGCGAUCGCUGCUACGCUUCAAGGACUCAUUCCAAUAGUGUUUCUUCUGCUUCCACCCUCAUGCCUUUACGUCAUCCUGGCAGCUCUGAUACUUCCAUAUCCAACACUGGAACGUCUAGCCGACGAGUUUUUGAACUCCUCUCCGCCACCGCAGGCUACAUCGCUCCUGUUUUGAGUGCCCCCAAGCAACUGGUGAAAGCGGCGGUCAGGCCGGAUUAUUGGCAGCCGGAUGAGGAGUGUACGCGCUGUGCAUUGUGCGGUGGCGCCUUCGGUGCGCGUUUAUCGAUUCACCACUGCCGAGCAUGUGGACGAGGAGUCUGUGCAGCGUGCUCAAGCCGUCGCCAGCCGGUGCCGAAGCGCGGACUUGACUGGCCGAAUCGGGUGUGCGAUGCAUGCUACCACGAUCACACUCCUCUUCCUGUCAUCGCCGCUGGCACUACUGCCCCCACUUCGACUGCUAAUGGACGUAACGGCGGUCUGGGUAUCUGCUUCUGGUUGUCUAUGUUUAAUCCGGAUCCAGACAAUACAUUGCGUAUUCUGUUGACCUCUGACAACCAUGUGGGCUAUAUGGAGAAGGAUGGAAUGCGUGGCAACGACACCUUUAGGACUCUAGAAGAAAUACUCUGUUUGGGACGUCUCCAUAAGGUUGAUUUUAUUCUACAAAGUGGUGAUCUCUUUCAUGAGGUUCGACCCUCAAUUUCAUGUCUAAAUGAGGUUCUGCGACUUCUUCGCACCUACUGUCUGGACGAGAGCCCGGUUAUGUUUGAACUGCUGAGCGAUCCUACGGUUACUUUCGCCAACACCGCCCAUCCAGGGGUUAACUACCUUGAUGGCAACCUCAAUAUUGGCAUUCCCAUAUUUGCGAUUCAUGGCAACCAUGACGAUCCGAGCGGGAUUGGCAAUGUCUGUCCACCAGACCUACUGCACACAUGCGGUUUCAUUAAUCUCUUCGGUAAAUACAAUUGCGUAGAAGAACUGAAAGUUAGUCCUCUCUUAUUACGUAAGGGUUCAACCCAUUUGGCAAUCUACGGUAUCGGUGCUAUUCGAGAGGAGCGUUUGCAUCGUCUCUUUCGUGACAACAAAGUCACUUUUCUUCGACCAGAUCAUGGUGAAUGGUUUUCGAUUGCGGUAAUUCAUCAGAACCGUGUUCGCCAUGGGCCCACUGGAUACCUUCCAGAGAACUACCUGCCCUCAUUUCUCGAUCUGGUGAUUUGGGGUCACGAGCACAGCUGUCGGCUUGAACCAGAGUGGAAUGCUACCGGCAGUUUCUACGUGGUUCAACCAGGAAGUUCAGUGGUCACCUCGUUGAGUGAAGGUGAAGCAGUUGAAAAAUGUGUUGGUCUUUUAGAGGUACGGGGCAUGGAAUUCAAGCUGGCCAAGCUGCCAUUGCGUUCGGUACGCAGGUUCGUGUUUGGUGACUUGGUGUUGGAAGAUGAGUUAUCCGAGGAAGAUGCUAAUGCACCUGACGCAAGUCUGCGCGUGGAGCAGAUUUGUACCGCGCGAGUCCAGGCGGCUAUCGACAAGGCGGCCAAGGUGACCACAGAUUCACGUCAGUUGGAAUGUGCAUUGAAGAUGGAGGAAGCUGCGACAGAGUUGGCGACAUUUAAACAGCCCCCGGAACCACUGAUUCGACUGCGUGUUGACACUAGCGGAGGUUUUGAGAGGUUUAGCGCACUUCGAUUUGGCCAGAGGUUCGUUGGGCGUGUGGCUAAUCCAAAGGAUCUAAUUGCCUUUACCACCAAGCGCGACAAUGCUGUUUGUCGUGGAGCCUCCAAUACCACUGCCGCUCUCUUGCAGUCUGGAACCGGCAUAAAUUCUGUAUUGGGGAGAGGCGGCUUCUCGGUGAACGAUGUGGAAUUUUUCAUCAGUCGUUAUUUUGCGUCAAAUUCGGAGCUCCAUUUAGAGCUCCUCAAUGAAGUGGAGAUGGCCGCAGCACUGCGCCAGUUCGUCAUUGACGCUGAUGGCGAAGCCAUCCAUACUACUGUGGAGAGGACGUUGACUCAGAUCCGGGAUCAUCUGUUUGAAGUCCGAUGUAGUGAAGAAGAAAUCAGUAUGGAGGUUGCGCGAUUCGCGAAUUGUCGUAAAGAAGUCGAGACUGCUGCAAAUGCUACUUACGGUGAUAAAGGUAAGGACUGGUUUGAGCAAGGAAGAAUAAAGGAUAUCUGA